AAGAAGCGAGCUUCAAAGAACGCUUGCUGCAACUUCACCGCGCUCAGCAAGCAUUUGCUUCCACACGCCAGCCACCAUCUCCGCCUGUCAUUAAAAUCAUUUGCGCCUGCCGCAUUCACCACACCCAUUUCACCGCUCUCACAUCUGGCGAAGGUACCCCUCCAACCCAGCAACCUGCGCAUCCGGCUCACGGGCAUGGAGCACAAGGUAUCGCUGGCCCGCCCGCGGCAGGAGCAGGAAUGAUUCCCGGAAUGGCCGCGUUGCAUGGCAUGUUCGCUGCCGCCCCAGUGCCAGCUCAGCAGCCUGUAAAACCUGGCGAAUUGUUCCGCGGCUUCACUCCGGCGGACUUCAAAGACACGAUCAUAGAAGUGGCCGACUCGACUCUCGACGGCUGGGGAGCCGUGGCGAGAGUUGCGCGGACUGUGUUUGCAAGGAAGGGCAAAGUCGACCUGGCGCUCGAG